CAAUCUCAUCUUUGCUUAUUUUUAUGACGUGUCUCCUUUUGCUAUUGACUGGCUCUCAAUGUGCUACAUGCUCAUCUACAUCCCCUUCCUUUUCCCUGUCGCAUGGCUCCUUGACAAGAAGGGUCUGCGCCUCAUUGCCUUGGCUGGCUCGGCUCUUAACUGCCUGGGGGCCUGGGUGAAGGUAGGCAGUAUGCAGCCCCACCUCUUCCCAGUCACUGUUGUGGGCCAAGUCAUCUGCUCUUUGGCCCAAGUUUUCAUCCUGGGCAUGCCCUCCCGCAUUGCUUCUGUCUGGUUUGGAUCCCGUGAGGUCUCCAGUGCAUGUUCGAUUGCUGUCUUUGGCAACCAGCUUGGCAUUGCUGUGGGGUUCCUCCUACCUCCAGUUUUGGUUCCCAAUGUGCAGGAUAAGGAGAAGCUAGCCUACCACAUCAGCAUAAUGUUCUUUAUGAUUGCGUCAGUGGCAACAGCACUCUUCAUCUUGGUUAUCUUUGUGUUCCGGGAAAAGCCACAGUACCCUCCAAGUCGGGCCCAGGCCUUGAUCCACAUAGCAGAAUCUGAAGAGAAUGCUUAUCUGCGAUCUAUUAGGCGUCUGUUUUGCAAUGUCAACUUUGUGCUGUUGGUAGCCAGUUAUGGCUUGAACACAGGCUGCUUCUAUGCUCUUUCAACUCUUUUAAACCGCAUGGUGAUGCUACAUUAUCCAGGACAAGAGCUGAAUGCUGGCAGAAUUGGUCUGACUCUUGUAGUAGCGGGCAUGGUUGGAGCUUUGAUUUCAGGCAUCUGGUUGGACAGAACAAAAACAUACAAGCAGACAACGCUGUUGGUUUACGUCAUGUCACUUGUGGGAAUGGUGGUUUAUACAUUUACUCUGGACCUGGGCUUCAUCUGGGUGGUCUUUGUGACUGCAGGUGCACUGGGGUUUUUCAUGACGGGUUACUUACCACUGGGCUUUGAAUAUGCUGCCGAGUUAACGUACCCAGAGUCAGAAGGGACGUCAUCAGGCCUUCUUAAUGUAUCUGCGCAAAUCUUUGGAAUAAUUUUCACCAUCAGCCAAGGACAGAUCAUUGAUCACUUUGGGACUCGAGCAGGAAACCUCUUCCUCUGUGGCUUUCUGUUCGUCGGCACUAUUAUAACUGUGUUUAUCAAAGCCGAUCUCCGGAGACAAAAUGCCAAUCUGGAUAGUGAACGGACUAAGACUCUGGGAGAGGCACCUCAGACCAGCAUUGUACCACCGUACAAGGAAUCAAAAUUCUAAAGGCCUGCGCAUCAGAGCUAGGAGAUGUGGCUUCCAUCACCCUCCAUUCUCAUUUACAGCUGUAUUUCCCACCACAUUUACUAAGUUGCCCGGCAUUCAGAGCCAAUCCAAAAAGCUGCUGAUGGAAGGAAUACGUGGGA